AUAUGGCAACGUUGUCUUCGAGAAAUGUAAUUAAAAUUUUAGAAGCUGUCACUUAUAGUAGGGAAUUAGAAAAAUAAAAAUAUAUCCAAACUGGAAAUUUUCUAUGGCGGCAUCAUCAACUGUAAGUCAAGAUAAUUGUUACGUAUCAUUAUUGGGACUGGCAGAAUAUUUUCGAACUGCAAAUCCGCCAAAUGUGAAAAAAUGUAUUCAAUGUCUGCAGGCUUUAUUUACUUUCAAUCCCCCGUCUAAAGUCGAAGCCCGUACUCAUCUUCAAAUGGGCCAAAUUUUGAUGGCUUACACGCUGAAUGUUGAUUUAGCUAAAAAUCAUUUGGAGAAGGCUUGGAAAUUAUGUGAAACUAUAAAUAACUUUGAUGAUGUUAAGUUUGAUACCGCUAGUUUGUUAGCUCAAUUGUAUCUUCAAAUCGAUCAAAGAAAUUUAUCGAAAGCUAUUCUUCGAAAAGCUAUCGAAGUAUCACAAAACAAUGUUUUUUGGCACUGUAAACUAUUAUUCCAACUUUCACAACUUCAUGCGCGUGAUAAAGAAUAUAGCUUAGCAUCUGAAUUAUUAUCGGUCGGUGCGGAAUCAGCUGACGAAGCAAAUGCAAUUUAUUUAAAAGUUUUAUUUUUGUUGAGUCGUGCAAUGAUUUUGAUGAUAGAACGUAAAACCAACGAUGUGUUAAAUUUGUUGAAUCAAGCGGGAUCAAUUAUUGACAAUAACAUUAAUAAUAUUCAUCAAAAAGAGUACUUAAAAGUAUUCUUUUUAGUGUUGCAAGUUUGUUAUUACCUGGCAUUAGGACAAGUCAAAACUGUUAAACCUAGUUUAAAGCAAUUGCAAAUGAGCAUACAGACAAUAAUGGCACCAAAUUGGCCUGCGGAUGAAGUUAUUUUUGGACAAACCUCUUUAGAUAUGUUUACUUGGCUCCCCAAAGAACAAUUGUAUGUUUUAGUUUACUUAGUAACGGUUUCGCAUUCGAUGAUGGCAGGUUACAUGGAUAAAGCUCAAAAAUAUACAGAAAAAGCUUUAACACAAAUUGAAAAACUAAAACAACAAGAUGAUAAGCCAAUACUUUCAGUAUUUAAAAUUAUUCUUCUGGAACAUAUUGUAAUGUGCAGAUUAGUAAUGGGAAAUAGAGAAUUAGCAAUAACUGAAAUUGCAGCUGCAAAAGAUGUUUGUUUAGCUUCUAAUGAAAAUUUGCUUAAAAGGCACUCAGCCCAAUUGCACUGUUUGAUCGGCUUAUAUUGUAUGUCUAUGAGUUUGUUCGAUUGCGCUGAAAAGCAAUUUAUGACUUGCAUAUGUGAAACUCAAGAACGUGAUCUGAAAUUGUUUGCAAAUUUAAAUAUGGCGAUCAUUUAUUUAAGGACAAAAAGAGAGCAAGACUUAAAACAAAUUAUUGACAAUAUUUCUGCCGAAAAUUCUCAAAAUUUAAAUAGUCAAGCACUAAUGGGUGGAUUUUAUUACGUGCAAGGAUUAAACUCCUUCCAUAAAAGCAGUUUUCAUGAAGCUAAGCGAUAUUUAAGAGAAACUCUUAAAAUGGCGAAUGCAGAAGAUUUAAAUCGUCUAACAUCAUGUUCUCUAGUUUUACUUAGCCACGUUUUUCUCUCUAUAGGAAAUUCUAAAGAGAGUAUGAAUAUGGUAACCCCGGCUAUGCAAUUAGCAUCAAAAAUCCCUGAUAUACAUGUUCAAUUGUGGGGAAGUGCUAUAUUAAAAGACUUACACAGAAUGUCGAAAGAUAUUCAACACGAAAAAGAUGCUUAUGCAAAUCAUGUUAAGUACUCCGACAAUUUAAUAGCUGACCAAAGAAAAUGUGUUACAUUGCAACAACAUUCUCUAAUUAAUUGGUUGUCCGGCGAACCUACAGAUCUUCCACCUGUGGUUUCCCAAGCAAUUCAAUCCACGUCACAAACUCUUUCGUCCAUAGCGGUACAACAACAAGUUUAUUCAUCGCAGCCGUCACAGCAGCAGCAACAAAAUUCUCCACAAGUUCCACAUCAGCAAAUUAUUCAACAUCCUCAAACACAACAAUAUGUUUAUCAGCUUCACGCACAACCCUCCACUUCUACCCACAUACACCCGCAAGGUCCUGGUCAAUAUCCUUAUUAAACUUUACCUUUCAUUUUAAAUUAAAAAAAUUGUGUUUUAAGUUAAAUUUUAAUUAAAUGCAGAUAUAAAAAAUUUUUAUUUCAAAAGUGA